AUGGGUAAUGAAAUUAUUGCUCAUUCCAAAGACCACAGUAUCUCCUUCGCUGAUGAGAUCCCUGAUGAUUAUGGGAGUCCCCAGUCGCUGGAGACGGUGAUUCCUGUUGAGUGCUAUAAAGAAUUGAAUCGCUCUCUCAGCUUCGAGCCUCGUGACACGGAAUACCCCGAGAAGCGUCAGAGCUGUAUGGGCGGUUUCAAGGAGUUCCUCCACCUCCUCUUCUCCGCGAGUGACCCCAUGGAGGAGGACUUUGCGGCUUUGCGGUCUGAGUCGUAUUAUAUGUAA